GUCUUUCAGCGUGUCAUGCCCGCUCAGUUCACUUCACCACCAGCAGCGGCGGAGAGAGAUGAAGGUGCAGAGGUCUCGUGGCAUGACGCAGGACUUGGUGAAGGAGUGAAAUGCCUCCCCCUUGGUCAAGUCAGCACCAAGGCAGAGGUAAUUGAUGUACUGGUGUUGAAUUCAGCUGCCUCCUCGCUACUCCCGUUGCCAGAACGCCAUGUGAUCGAGGCAGUGUUGGGGAAGAUGAGGAUUAUUCAUCAGGCGUGGCGUGUGCUGUCUUCAUUUCACCAUCCUAUGAACAGCCCACAGGAAUCACUACCACAUCAGGCCUGACAUAUUCAUUGCAAUUAGGGAGUUGAGUUUCAUCAGGAAGAGAGGCUGAGUGUCACUACCUGUCAAGCCUGACGAGGUGUUAAGGAGUUUAAUCAGGAAGUGAGGCCGAGUCUUGCUACCUGUAAGCCUGAUGAGGUGUUAAGUCAAGGAGUUUAAUCAGAAAGAGGGGAUGAGUAUCACUUCCUGUAAGCCUGAUGAGGUGUUAAGGAGUUUAAUCAGGAAGUGAGGCUGAGUCUUGCUACUUGUAAGCCUGACGAGAGGAGUCAAGGAGUUUUUCAUUGUAAUCAAAGAAGAGUCAAGUUGUAAGAAGAUUGUAAGACAAGAAUUUUAAGCAGGAAUAAUUGUCAAGCAGUUAGCAGCAGGAGUGAGGAAAGGGUACAAGAACUUUCAAGUUGUAAGAAGAUUGUAAGGCAAGAAUUUUAAGCAGGAGGAAUUAAUUGUCAAGCAGUUAACAGCAGGAAGAAUGCAGCGACAAAAGUGUACAAGAGUUUUUAAGUUGUAAGAAGAUUGUAAGGCAAGAAUUUUAAGCAGGAAGAAUGAAUUGUCAAGCAGUUAACAGCAGGAAGAAUGCAGCGACAAAAGGGUACAAGAGUUUUCAAGUUGUAAGAUUGUAAGGCAAGAAUUUUAAGCAGGAGGAAUAUUGUCAAGCAGUUAACAGCAGGAAGACUCCCUUGAAGCUGUGGUGGGAGUGACGAGCAUCCUUCAGGACUUGCAAAGGCUGAAGUCCUCAACACUAGUCUCUCAAGUUGACACAGGAGCUCUUGGACACAAGGAAAACAAAUGAUGACAUGUUUUAUCAUAAUUGUGUAUAUUUAUUAAACUUUUAUGUGAUUAAACAAUAAUGAUUAAACAUUAUCUUAUACUAAUAAUACAUACUUAAGGAAUUAUUAGUAUAAGUUGCAAAUAAACCAGCUUUCUGGUGUAACAAUUCAUAUGCCUCCUCAGAAACUUUAACAAUGUGAUUUAAACAAUAUAUAUUAUCUUGUUCAUACUUGUGGAAUUAUAAGUCUUACAAAUUGCAAAUAAGCUUUCUGGUGUAACAAAUUCAUAGCCCUGAUAAAAAAAAAAAAAAUAAAAUAAAAUAAA